AUCAAUUGUAACAAUUAAUAAUGUGAAUGAUAUUAUAAAAUUUUAUACGCUUCAAUCAGAUGCUGAAUUAAGUGAUCUUUGUAGAAAACAAAGUGAUAUUUAUUACAAAACUUUAAUAUCUGGAACAUCAACUAAAGAAAAAUGGGCUAAGGAAAUGAUGGAUGCUUCAUCCAAGUUUCAAGCUGGAAUUUACUUUGGAAACAUUGCUGAUUUAGGAGCAUUUGAUGAAUGUUUACAAAUUGAUAAUGAAAAUGAACAAAUUAAGGGGAAAUAUUGUCUGACUAAAUUACAAAUACCAGUAAUAUUUAACAGAUCUACGAACCAAGUUCAAAGACUGUGGAACCAUUUGAAUGAUAACGAAUUACCAGAAACCUUUGCUGGCCCACCAACUGACUCGGUACUACGCUGGUCAAUUUGUAUACCAGAUGGAUGCACAGCUGAAGAUAUUGAAACACAUUUAAACAGUUACGAUAAAAAUCUCAAUUUUACUGUGAAAGAAGAAUUCUGCCAGGCAGUUGAAUCUCAACCAAAACUUAAUUCUGGUGACUGGACCACCAUAGGCAUUUUAAUAGCUUUAGCCUGUGUCAUCUUUUUGAGUACCUGUUAUGACAUUUUUCUUCAUCAUACUAAAAAAAAUCCGAUUCAUCCUUUAACUAUUGCUUUUUCAUGGUUAACAAGCUUCCAAAAAUUAAUCAAAAUAAAUAACAAUCCUGAUUUGUUACCUUGUUUAAAUGGAAUUCGCGUGCUUAGUAUGUUCUGGAUUAUCCAUGGCCAUGAAACGUCAACACUGUCUAGUGGAAUACUUUUUAAUGGAAAGGAAGCAGAAGAUUGGCGUAAGCAUGUAUGGUCUUUGUUCACCGUCUCAAGUACUGUAUCCGUCGAUACAUUCUUCUUUUUAAGUGGUUUACUUUUAAUGUACGGAUUUCUUAAAUCACGAGCGAAAAAAAUUCCAUUUAAUAUUCCAUUGUUUUACAUUCAUCGAUAUCUAAGAUUAACUCCUGCAUUUGCAGCUCUUAUAGUUUUGUAUAUAACGUUCUACAUGAAACUUGGUAGCGGUCCAAUUUGGGAAUCAAGUAAUCAAAGAUUACAUGAUAGUUGCAAGGAAUAUUGGUGGUCAAGUUUGUUAUAUAUUCAGAAUUUUGUUAAUCCUAAUCGAUUUUGCGCUGGCCAAUCGUGGUAUUUAUCCGUCGAUAUGCAGUUAUAUAUCUUGUCCCCUUUAAUAUUAAUACCUAUUGGUAAAUGGCCAAAGAUAACACCAUAUUUACUGGGAAUACUGAUUGUUAUAUCUACAAUUAUACCCACAAUAGUUGCAUGGCAUUAUGAAAUACCUGCACUUGCAAUGAAUGCUGCAAUACCUGACUGGAAUGGAAUUUAUUAUGCUCAAGUGCAUACCAGAGCUGGACCAUGGAUCAUCGGUUUAGCAUUAGGAUACGUUUUAUUUCAAACAAAACAUAAAAAAAUUCGAAUAAAUAAGAUUUUAGCGGUAUUCUUAUGGUUAUUAACAGCGGUGGUCAUGCUUUAUAUUUUAUUUGGAACAUAUCCAGCACUAAAAGAUGAUUUUGAGUAUAGUAGAUUAUUUAGCAGUAUAUUUACUGGAUUCCAUAGAAAUGUUUGGACUUUAGGAUUAUGUUGGAUCGUGUUUGCGUGUAUACAUGGCUACGGCGGUCCAGUGAAUUGGUUUUUAUCAUUAUCAGUAUUCCAAUUCUUUGCAAAAAUUACAUAUUCGUUAUAUUUAUUACACGUACCUAUACAAAAUUAUGAUCGGGGAAUUCUCCGGGUUCCAGUUAUUUUUAACGAUUUCACAAUUUUGCAAUCUUUCUUUAGUACUACAUGUUUAAGUACAUUAUUUUCUAUAAUUUGGGUCCUUUGUUUUGAAUCUCCUUUUGCUGCCAUUGAUGGUGUCAUCAUAAAAACAGUUUCAAACUUGGGUAAGCGAGGUAAAGCUGAGCCGAAAGAAUUGAAACAAGAGGCUUGA